CGCGAUGGUGUGGUACCCGGAGAUGAUGGGAAGGAUGCAGCUGCUGACCGGCGAGGACGAUGGUGCCGCCGGCGCCCACGAGGUGGAUGAAGCGACCAAGAAGGUUGCCGCUGAGGCUAUGAGCGGCGAGCUCAUGUCUUUCAGGACUGCGCAGAACAUCGCUCACAACAAGGACAACAUCGACUACUGCAUUGAUCAGUUCAACUACAUCAGCAACAGGAUCAAGUGUAUCCGCCUUAUGACCGGCAAUGGCCCCUACCUCUCUUGAGACCCUGUGAGACAUUCGCCUCUUGUUGUAUGCAAUUUGUAGCGCAGAAAAUCCUGUAGCUGUUUGCGGAUUUUUGAUACAUCGAAAGAACUGGCGCUUCUUAGUUCGAACACGAUAGUAACCCAGAGGAGACCAUAGCAAACAUGCAUAAUUUG